AUCUGACACGCUUUCAAAAGAAGGACAAGCGUCACAGGGACAUCCAUUCACGUGACCGAACAUUUCUGAUGAGUCUAGCAUCGCGGUCUAGACUGGUCCAUGACGACAAUGGAGCUCGAUUCGGUGACAUCAUCGAGAUCUACUUUGCUUUCGUCGUCCAAGUUGAUGGACUUUUUCGCUGCAGUCGGCGAUGCCCAGCAUGUCGCCCACAAUCUUCCCGACGAUACCAAAUCAUUUGCGGAGGCCGUAGCCGCCCGCUUCGGCCAGCAAGACAAUAUGUCCACAGCUCGCUUACUCCCGCCCCCCGUGCUCAAAGUUCCGCUUGUGUCUAUGCCCAGUGUGCUCAGAUUAGCACCAUCAGCCCCCUCGAACGCCGACCAAAAGCCCUUGGACGCCUUUGCGCUCACUCCCCAGUCACUUCCCCAAUGGAUUAAUGACCCCCACACUCUCAUUAUCGACAUCCGGCCCCACGCGGCCUAUUCCUCGGCGCGCAUCUCCCGUGCAGUGUCCCUGUCCGUUCCAUCGACGUUGCUCAAGCGGCCUAUGUUCUCUCUCCAGCGGCUGGCGGGAAUGCUGCCCUCCAACUCAGCCCGCACCCAGUUCUCCGCUUGGCGUUCAGCGUCUCGGAUUACCGUCUAUGACGCGGACUCCACAUCGCUUGGGGACACAUCGAACAUACGGGGCCUUCUCCGGAAGUUUCGCGCCGAGGCUCCGGAGGCCACGAUCGAGCUAGCGUGGGUGGUUGGUGGAUUCCAAGCGGUGUGGACUACAAGGCGGGAUCUGGUUGAUGUUGUGCCUCCGACACCGGACAACGAGACGGAGGAUGAUGAUGCAGAGGAUGCUCCCUCAAUCAAUCGCACGCUCAGAGCACACGAUCUCCCCCGUUCUGCAUUUGCGCUCUCAAGCACGACGCAGGGACCGCGGCCAGGGCGAGGCAAGUAUCGCUGGAUCUCUCUUCCUGAGAGAAGCACUGACCUCUGCGCAGGUCCCUUCAUCCACAAUUCCGAUAAUCCGCAACCUAUCAUGGAUCCUACUGAUCAGCCUGCGACCCUGGCAGCAUUCAACCCGUUCUACGACUCUGUCCGCCAGAACGUCGAGCUCAGCCAAGGCAUCACUGAACGGAUCCCCCUCCGAUUGUCUCGCCGCGUACGACGCCGGAUCGGAGAGCUCCCCUUCAAGUGGCUGCGUGACAUUGCCAAGCGGGCGGCACCUGUCACACCGCCUGAUCUUGCGUUGGGAAGCUCGAUGGAUGUGUCCUUCUCUCAGGUCCGCGGCCCCCGUCUGGACUCAAGUGAAGAGGAAAGUAGCGACUCCGGUCUCAGCGGGGUCGAUCGCUGGGGUCAGCCAGAUGACUUGGAGCCCAACCCACAGCCAAGGCCAACUGACGUUGAGGAAGGCACUGAGGCCCUGGCUAUGCAGUUCUAUCGGAUUGAACUAAUGGAACAGCGACGAAUGAUGGGCAUCAUGGAGCACCACAGCCACGAGAGCGGCCCUCCCAAUCACGAAGCUGACCAGCAAGAAACGACGACGACAAGCACGGAACCCCGUUCUAAGUCGCUUGGAUCGGAGACCUCUUCAGAAAUUUCGUCUAAGGAAUCUAGCGACAACAAUUCCAGCUCGAGCUCUGACUCGCUGCCGUCAACUUCCAGCUCCGUCCCAGAUCUCACCAGCCGUCCCGUCCGACGCCUCGCAGAUGACAAUUUUCCUUUCAGCAUCACUGCGGGGGUUGAGAAAGGCGCGAAGAACCGAUACCGCAACAUAUGGCCGUUUGAGCAUGCGCGGGUGAAGCUACACGCGGACGGUGGUUGGCAGGGCCCCGAUCCCCCAAAAUUGACCUCGCUUGAUCUGCUGGAUGCGCAGCCUAUCGCCCAUGACGACUAUGUCAAUGCCUCUUACGUCCAACCGCUCGGCACACACCGUCGGUAUAUUGCCACGCAAGGACCUUUGGAUGCCACGUUUGGCGAUUUUUGGACACUGGUCUGGCAACAAAAUGUCCACGUGAUUGUGAUGCUGACCCGGGAAGUCGAGGGUGCAGUCGUCAAAUGUGGCGCUUACUGGAUGCCUGGUGUCUACGGCUCGCUGAAAGUCGAGCUUCUGGGUUGCGGAGCACCGGCCUGCACGGACAUCUGUUCUUCCUGUGCCUUUGACUCGGGCGAACGACCGGAGACCACUGGCUUCUUUGGCAAUAUGGCAGCCAAAACGCAGACGACCGAGGCACCGCUUCUCAUCAGGCGCACCCUUCGAUUGACCCAUGCUGCUUACCCGCACGCACCUCCGCGACGAGUCGUGCAGCUGCAAUACCGAGGCUGGCCGGACAUGAAUGUUCCAGAAGAAACGCACGGUGUUUUGGGACUGGUCGGAGAAGUAGACAAGGCUGUCGACGAGGCCGGCAAGAGUGCACUGCCACGGAACUCUGUGAAACACCGGGCUCGAGUCGAAAGCGAUGGUGACGAUGUGGAUGCCACUGCGGGUGUCGUAAACCGAGCAUUGCGCGAUGGCGCGGAGGGUGCUCCUGUUCUGCUGCAUUGCAGUGCUGGAGUCGGACGGACUGGAGGGUUCAUCGCCAUCCACGCUGUUCUCGAUUCGCUGCGACAGGAGGCCAGAUCACUUUUCGCCUCUGGACAGCAGAUUUCUCCCGUGCCCGGUCACAGGCAGAGCAGCGGCAGCGACACCCAGUCUACCAGCAGCACGGGACCUUUGCCCAGCGAAAUCGGUCGUCUGGCUGUCGCCGACAGUGACGGCAUGGAAGUGGACUCGGAAAACGUCGCCGACGGAAGAACGCCGAUGCAAGUCGACGGUGUGGACAUGACUCUUGGUGCAGAAGUCACCAAGCGCUGGGCCCAGGGAGUGGCGGACACUCAGCCCAGCUCACUUCCCCCAGCAUCCAUCUUUCCGGCUCCAGAAACGACCUCAUUUCGUUCGAGCACCUCUUUAGAACCUCUGUCCAGAGACUCAUCUCCAUUCUUGUCGGCGCCCCGCACUGCGCUCCCCCUGUUUUUGCGUCGUGGCAACGCAGACCGGCCGCGUACGUUCUCCGCGCCGUCGGCGGCUACACCAGUGCACAAAAACGUAGCCAAGGUGCUUGACCGAUCGCUUGUCAAUUCGCCAGCUCCAGAUUCGCGUUCCAUGUCGCCAUUCGCUCCUGGCCAGUCCAGUCUCCGAUCGUUCAAGAGCGUGGAAAAUAUGCUGCCCACUGCGCCCAAUGUUGACUACAAGGAGCCGCGCUCGCUGCACUUGCGUGGUGGAAAGGGCCCCGUUCGGCUCAGUACGCUGGAGGAGCCCAUCUGGGAGGUCAUACAGGACAUGCGCGAGCAGCGGAUGAGCCUGUGCCAGAGCCUGCGUCAAUAUGUGUUCGUACACGCUGCCAUCAUCGAAGGCGCUUUGAUGGUCAUUGACCAAGAACGUGCUCGGGCUGGCUUGAGGUCGCGCCCAGCUGCUCUUAGUCUCUCGCCGCCGCCGAGAAGAACGUUGAAUCGACCGCCGAGAUUGGUUCUCCUGCCAGGGCAUCUGCACAGUCCCUCGUCGACCGGCAAGCGGCUGGCAAGUCCCACCGAACUUCCCAAGGAGAACAAGAAGGGAGAAAUCGCUCUGUCCAAGCGGCCCAGCAUCAAGAGGAAGCAGGUCAGCGGCGACGAUUUCCCUCCUCAUCUUUUCCCGCCUCCGUAAUGGAGAGGGCGCUUUCUCUUGCUUUGCCGACUAAUCCAGUAAUACUCCUACAUCGCAUACUCUACACUGUUGUUACAACCUAGCCAUCACCCCAUUUGACUGCUCAGCCCUUUCGGGCUUGUAUUUUUACUCGCUGUAUCAUUACAAUACACAAAUCGAUCUCUUUAAACGAAA